AUGUUCCCCUGGGGGCUGAGCUGCCUGUCAGUGCUGGGGGCAGCGGGCACCGCUGUCCUGUGCGCCGGCCUGCUGCUCAGCCUGGCCCAACACCUCUGGACGCUCCGCUGGACGCUGAGCCGGGACCGGGCCUCCGCCCUGCCCCUGCCCAAGGGUUCCAUGGGCUGGCCCUUCUUCGGCGAAACGCUGCACUGGUUAGUUCAGGGCUCUCGCUUCCACAGCUCCCGCCGGGAGCGCUACGGGACGGUGUUCAAGACGCACCUGCUAGGCAGGCCGGUGAUCCGCGUGAGCGGCGCCGAGAACGUGCGCACAAUCCUGCUGGGCGAGCACCGCCUGGUGCGCAGCCAGUGGCCGCAGAGCGCGCACAUCCUACUGGGCUCGCACACCCUGAUCGGCUCAGUCGGUGAGCCGCAUCGGCAGCGGCGCAAGGUCCUGGCUCGAGCGUUUAGCCGUGCGGCGCUGCAGCGGUUCGUGCCCCGCCUGCAGGGGGUGCUACGGCGCGAGGUGCGCUCCUGGUGCGCGGCCCGCCGGCCGGUUGCUGUCUACCAGGCCUCCAAGGCUCUUACCUUUCGCAUGGCUGCGCGCAUCUUACUGGGGCUACGGCUGGACGAAGCGCAGUGCGCGGAGCUGGCCCGGACCUUUGAGCAGUUUGUAGAGAACCUCUUCUCGCUGCCCCUGGACGUACCCUUCAGCGGCCUGCGCAAGGGCAUCCGGGCACGAGACCAGUUACAUCGGUACCUGGAGGAGGCCAUCGCAGAGAAGCUUCAUGAAGACAAGGCUGCCGAGCUGAGUGACGCCCUCGACAUGAUUAUCCACAGCACUAGGGAGCUGGGCCAUGAGCUCUCAGUGCAGGAGCUGAAGGAGACGGCUGUGGAGCUCCUCUUCGCCGCCUUCCUCACCACGGCCAGUGCCAGCACGUCCCUCGUCCUGCUGCUACUGCAGCACCCGGCGGCCGUCGCCAAGAUCCGGCAGGAGCUGGCGGCGCAGGGGCUGGGGCGCGCUUGCGGCUGCGCGCCGGGGGCCGCGGGGGGCGGCGCGGGGCCCCGGCCCGACUGCGGCUGCGAGCCUGACCUCAGCCUGGCGGCGCUGGGCCGUCUGCGCUACAUCGACUGCGUGGUCAAGGAGGUGCUGCGCCUCCUGCCGCCCGUGUCCGGGGGCUACCGCACUGCGCUGCGCACCUUCGAGCUCGACGGCUACCAGAUUCCCAAGGGCUGGAGCGUGAUGUAUAGCAUCCGGGACACGCACGAGACGGCCGCAGUGUACGGCAGUCCUCCUGAGGGCUUCGACCCCGAGCGCUUCGGCGCGGCGGGCGAGGAGUCGCGGGGCGCCUGCGGCCGCUUCCAUUACAUCCCCUUCGGCGGCGGAGCGCGCAGCUGUCUCGGCCAGGAGCUGGCACAGGCCGUGCUCCAGCUGCUGGCGGUGGAGCUGGUGCGCACGGCGCGCUGGGAACUGGCCACGCCUGCCUUCCCCGCCAUGCAGACCGUGCCCAUCGUGCACCCGGUGGACGGGCUGCGGCUCUUUUUCCACCCGCUCGCGCCUUCGGCGGCGCGAGAUGGGCUACGCCUCUGACCCUCUGCGCUUCGGAACAAGGCUUGGCCAGCGGCAGCGGCGCGCUCUCAGCGCCGCCCAUCUGCGGCUUCUUAGGUUUCUUAGUGCCGGGCAGGGCGCUCGCUCACUCGCUCAACAAACGGUCACUGAAUGCAGCUCUGUGCCAGACUUCGAGGGCGGCGGAGCGCGAGCCCCCGCCACUGCGCCCACGGAGCCCGGGAGAAGCCCCCAGGCCGGUAGGAAGGUGCUUCCUGGGCUCUGAGCCCUGAGGAAGGAAAGGUCCUGAGCCCAGGCUCUUAAACCUUUACUAGGUUUGCUAACAGGGAUGGAGGGAACAGAUCUUCACUAGGAGCUGCGGGUCCUCGCCUCCCUGUGCCAAGCCCAGGAGGUUGCAUGGAUCUUGGGGCCGCGGGGACAAUUGCCAGGGGAGGGUUGGACCGUGCCAGAGACCCAGCGAACGCAGCUGGGACCUGCAACCCUUGGGAGGAAGCGCAUCUCCGGUCUGGCUUUGGGCUACAGUUAAGACAUACCGAGAAGGCGCCCAACGGAAGGCCCUCAGGGAGCGGGCCUCGGCUUGGGACGCGCGGCCACUCUGCUGGUCUCAGUCUCAGCAGAAACAUGACUGUGGGCUCUCCCAGGGCUCUGAACAGCUCAAUAUCAUUGGAUUCUGCUGGUGACUUCUUAAAAGAAAAAUUCCUACUUCGA